GCCGGUGGCUUGAUAUGAAUAUUCCCUGUUUGACAACGCUGUGGACAGUUCUUAAUUGGUGCUCGGUAUAUUAGUUCUCGGGUCUGUUUUCUUCGUUUCAUCCAACGGGAAUACGUUUUUUCAAAGUUCGCUUAUUAUCGAGUCGAACAACAAUGAAAAAGCUCGCACUUGCGUGCAUUUUCGUUUUGGUUGCCUUGGGGCACACGCGGGCUGAUGUGGCGGAACCUAGCGUGGAGACCGUCGACGUAGACCUCGGUGCAAGUAGAGAAGGUUCGAGAACCGACGAUGAGGUGGUGCAAAGGGAGGAGGAGGCGAUCAAACUGGACGGCCUCAACGUCGCCCAACUCAAAGAACUCCGUGACAAGGCCGAAAAGUUUGCGUUCCAAACCGAAGUCAACCGAAUGAUGAAAUUGAUCAUCAACUCGCUGUACAGGAACAAGGAGAUCUUUCUCCGCGAGCUGAUAUCGAACGCUUCCGACGCGCUCGACAAGAUCCGACUGAUGUUCCUAACCGACAAGUCGGUCUUGGAGUCCACGUCCGAGCUGAACAUCCGCAUCAAGACCGACAAGGAGGCGGGCAUGCUCCACAUCACCGACACCGGCAUCGGCAUGACGAAAACGGACCUGGUGAACAACCUCGGUACGAUCGCGAAAUCAGGCACGGCGGAGUUCCUCGGCAAAAUGCAGAGCGCCGAAUCCACCCAAGAACUGAACGACAUGAUCGGUCAGUUCGGUGUGGGUUUCUACUCGGCGUUCCUCGUCGCCGACAAGGUGAUCGUCACCACCAAGCACAACGACGACAAGCAGUACAUCUGGGAAUCGGACUCGGGCAGUUUUAGCAUCGUCGAAGAUCCGCGCGGCGACUCGUUAAAACGCGGCACCACCGUCAGCCUCCAGCUCAAACCCGAGGCGAGGGACUUUUUGGAGCACGACACCAUCCGCAAGCUGGUGAAGAAGUACUCGCAGUUUAUCAACUUUCCGAUUUACCUGUGGACGAGUCGUAGCGAAACGGUAGAGGAACCCUUGGACGAGGAGGCGCCGCAAGAAAAGGAACCGAAGGAGGACGAGGAGGAAGACGUGGCCGUCGAGGAGGAGAGGGAAGACAAACCGAAGACCAAGAAGGUGACGAAGACGGUGUGGGAUUGGGAACUGUUGAACGACAGCAAACCGAUUUGGACGAGGAAACCGGUCGAGGUCGAGGACAAGGAGUACAACGAGUUCUACAAAGCGUUGACCAAAGACGACAAGGACCCGUUGACGAAGAUCCAUUUCGUCGCCGAGGGCGAGGUCACUUUUAAAGCGUUGCUCUACGUGCCGAAGCUGCAGCCGUCGGACAGUUUCAACCGUUACGGCACCAAGACGGACAACAUCAAGCUGUACGUGAGACGCGUGUUUAUCACCGACGAGUUCAACGACAUCAUGCCGUCGUUCCUGAGCUUUAUAAGGGGCGUGGUCGACUCGGACGAUCUGCCGCUGAACGUGUCUAGGGAGACGCUGCAGCAGCACAAGCUCAUCAAGGUGAUCAAGAAGAAACUAAUCCGGAAGGUGCUGGACAUGCUGAAGAAGCUCUCGCCCGAGGACUACGAGCAGUUUUGGAAGGAGUUUUCGACCAACAUCAAGCUGGGUGUCAUCGAAGACCCGGCGAACCGCACCCGCCUCGCCAAACUGCUGAUGUUCCUGUCGUCGUUCGACGACAAACUCACCAACCUCGCGGACUACGUGUCCCGCAUGAAACCCAAACAAGACAAGAUCUACUAUAUCGCCGGCGCCACCAAAGACGAGGUCAAGAAAUCUCCCUUCGUCGAGCGUCUACUCAAGAAAGGUUACGAGGUUCUUUACCUCACCGAGGCGGUCGACGAGUACGCCAUCUCCGCUAUACCCGAGUUCGAGGGCAAAAAGUUCCAGAACGUCGCUAAAGAAGGCUUCAGCCUGACGGAAUCCGAAGGCGGCAAAGAACAAUACGCCGAGUUGACGGCACGUUUCGAACCGCUCACCAAGUGGCUCGCCGAGGACGCUUUACGCGACCACAUCUCCAAAGCUACCGUGUCGGAGAGGUUGAGCGAUUCGCCAUGCGCCUUAGUGGCCAGUAUGUUCGGCUGGACCGGCAACAUGGAACGUUUGGCCAUCUCGAACGCUCACCAGAAAGCGGACGACCCCCAACGCAGCUACUACCUCAACCAAAAGAAAACGCUGGAGAUCAAUCCGAGACAUCCGCUGAUCAAGGAACUGUUGAAGAGGGUGAACGACGACCCGUCCGAUCCUUCGGCGAAAGAGAUGGCGCUGAUGUUGUUCCGCACGUCGACCUUGAGGUCGGGCUACAUGCUACGCGAAACCGCAGACUUUGCCCAAUCCAUCGAGACGAUGAUGAGGAAGACGUUGGGCGUGGCUUUGGACGAACCCGUCGAAGAGGAAGAGGACGUGCCGGAAGACGGGAUCCCUGAAGAGGAGAACGGAGAUAUAAAGGAGGAGGAGGCGGAGCACGACGAGUUGUAAAUAUGGAGGAGUGAAGUGCGUUUAAUUUAUUUUCGAAGAACAAUCAUAAGACUGUCAGUUUUUAUUUUAUAAGUUAGAUUUUCCUCGAUACUUUUGUUUUGAGUAAAACGUAUUCGGUGA